CGUCCUAGGGAAGUAUGCGCCUUCCGAGCCAGGUUGAUGUCCCUCUAUGAUGGGUUUGACUAGGGGAAAUGCACAACUCUACCCCAUCUCCCAACAACCCUCAUCCACUUACCAUUACUAUAUCCAAAUCAUGUCUCGGGUCGAUCCUACCUCAAGACCGCGAAGGUCCAUCCAGAGAAAACCAAUACAUCGUGGAGACAUGAUUCCUCCCUCUAUUCCCCCAUCUAUUCCUCCUUCUAUACAGCACAUCGAAAAUAGUCAUCUAUAUCAUUAUCCAUCAUCAGCAUCUUAUCUAUCUCGCAAUCAGCAGUUCGUCGAUCACUCCGCUCAUAGUCAUCCUCAGCCGGGCUUACUGCGUCAUUCCAACGAUAUUGACCACGCCGAAAGACUGCAAGAUUGGCUUUCCCGUAAGCCUGCCCAAUCACCAAGCCUGUUGUCUGCUGAGCACUCCUAAUGCUGCCUUUAGAGGCUGAUUUGACACCAAGGCGGCCUGAAGUGCAAUACAUGGCCAAGAGAAAGUCAAAGGCAAGGCAGAGGAGGGAAAGGAGGAGAGCAGCAAAGGCUCAGCAGGCGUCAGAAAGAGCAGCCACGGCGUCAACGGCUGAUCCCUCGACAGUGGAAUUUUCGUCCACUUCCCCAACGACAGAAACAGAGCAAGCCAAACAAGAGGAGCCAACAAUCAAGGCACCGGACGCAAGUACCGAGAAGGGACCGACAACCGUUGAGCAGCUAGCGGAACAGCUUGCCAACUUAGCCAGCCUGAUCGAUUCCGUGAACAAUGCCCCCGUCGAAACCUACCCUCUUUUCAUUUACCAUGAGCCUUACUGGUUGGGACGAGGCAGUGCCACUCGCGCCCUCCCAGGCCUUAAUCGUGCUCUCGCAGUGGGCGUGAUGGAUUCCGAGCGCGUGGGCGCUGUCCUCUCGAAGAUUAAGCCAUCGGAGAUGAUGGGCCUGCGAGACGUUUACCGGUCACUCUUCGAUAGGGAAUUGAUGGACGAUGUGAGAGAGAAUACGGUUGGGCUGGUGGUCAGGCAGGAUCCUCAGGAGGAAAUCCGAGCUAUUGACUUUGACUGCACGGGGGCACGUUAUGAUCUUCCGUCGGGUAGAGCUGUGACCAUUCUGAAAGCUGUGACCGCGCCUACCCAGGAGCAGUUGGACACAUUGUUGCCAUCGGCGGCAGCCACUAGGAGCGAUAGGUCGAGCGGGAUGACUAGCAAUGAUGGAUUUGCCGGAAGAGCGUUUCACUGAUCUGCUGAGUAGGUAGGAUGGUGGUCUUAUACAGUUACAUAGUAUCUGGAAGCCAGCUUAGAGUAAACUCUGCUUAGCUUAGUUUUGG